CCAGGUGGUUGACAUAUUUCUGGUUCAUCCACGUUCAUAUUCCCCUCGGUGAGUGAGACAUUGCUUGGUCGUGCGCCGUGGGACGAGCGUUCCUGAAUGUUCCCUUUCUAUUGAGAACUCAACACAACAUGACUGCUACACUUUCGAGUCCAUCGCUCUUGCAGCGCAAGGCGAGCUUCCUCAAUGGCGGCGCUGAAUAUUUGGGAAUCCACCGCGGUGCGAUUGACACCACCACUAUCACCACCAAACCACCUCCCAUCGUUAUGGAGGGAGUCCGCAAGGUCCUCCUAGAGCUGGGCCUCCAAGUACAAGAGGAGAGCAGAUACAAUUAUCGCUGUAUACGGGCGUCGAGGAAGGCUGAAUCCGACGACUCGGGUUCAGUAGUGUACGGACCGCCUACCGAAGACCCAGGCGAUGAAGUCCGCCUGUCAGUCGAGCUCACUAGGCUCGAGGGUCUGAAUGACACGUACAGCCUCGAUAUCAGACGCCUUCGAGGGAACUUGCGAAGCUAUAAGUUCCUAUAUGAAACCAUUAGAGACAAAACGGCAUUGUCCCGAUAAAUGCCCGGGCGAUCCUGUCCUCUGUCCUGACAGGGAACGAGGACUGUUCAAGACAUGCGACGACGUUUUAUGAAGUAGGAAACGAAAAUGGAAUCAAGACAAGAAAAGGAUACCCUGCCACCUCUCACCACCGCACUGUAAAUUAUGCAAGUUCACCUCAGUUCUCAUUCAUUUCUCGAAAUUUGGUUACGACCUUCCAAGUUUGCGGGCCUCGAUGUAUGCACUCUUCCUCCACUCUUUUUAUCACGUCCGCCAUAGAUAUUCGGGUACAAGGCACGUUACAGGGGCUUCGAGCCCAUAGAGCUGUAUAGACUGGUCCCAAUACGACUCGUUCCGUGUAUGGUGACGCUAAGCGCCCGUACUUCCCACAUC